AUGAGUGCUGGAGUGUUAACAUUAAAUGUGCAGUGCCAGGGAUCAUGUACUUGCAACAAGGCUGAUAAUAGUAUACCUGGCCUAAAGGCCGAAAAGAAGACUAGUAUUGAUAAUGCCGUUGGCUUUGUUUCUUAUACUCAUUCCAGUAAAAACUCAUUCACUCUCAAGGGAGUGUUAUAUGGAGGUGAUACACUAGGUGAAGAUAAUGGAGAAGACAUAGAAGGUGUUACCAAGGUCUCAGUCUACUACUGGGAUGGAGACGAGAACAAGCCGCUUGUUAUUGAGGUAGUCAAGAGAGAUAGUCCUCAUGAACCGGAGUACUUCUAUAAACACGAUCAAGAUGAAGAGGAAGCAAAGGGUGAUGCAACAAUUUGGAGACACCACGGAUAUUCUGGAGGAACAUCAUUACAAGACAGACUGGACGACCGAAACGCUUCCAUAAACAAUGUUCUCCCGUUAGAUCUUGAGCGUCCUAAUAAACCUUUCAACUUUAGCUCCAGUCUUUCAAAGAAUGUAACUAUAGAACUUGUCCAUGAUUCAAAACCCCCUCCUGGAAGCGAGUAUGUUAGUACAGCCUAUAAAAUCAAUGGUAUAGAUAGAGACACGAGAAUUUCCAGGAUAGAAUAUCAAAAGCAGAAGAUUAAGGAUAUUAUUAUUCCUACUGGUGGUCAAAUAAAUGGAAUAAGAUUCUAUUCGAGCACAUCGAUCUCUCCUGUACCUAUCAUGAUUAAUUUUGACGUAAAGGGUGGAGAUUCUAAGUGGUAUUAUAGUACAGACAAGAGUGGUACUAAAUGGGCAGAACAUGAUGAUGGUAGUACAUUCUAUGGUGGUGAUGGUAACGGAGUAAGGAAGCUAUUACCAACAAGUUAG